AUGCGUAAUCGAUUCCAAGCUUGCUCUUUCAAGAACUCAACAAAUUCACUCAUAUUCAAUACUCCACUCACUUUAAAUAAAACAAGAUCAUGUUAAUCUAAGGAAUUUGGAUAUGCUAAUAAAAAAAUGAUCUAUGUUACCAUUAUUUUACCCACUUUUCAACCCUACUAAAAUAUUAUUUCCAAACUUAAGAACUAAAACAUCAAAAUACAAUAAAGAAAAUAAAUCAUAAUGAGAAAUAAAAGACAUUUGAUUUAAAAAAAAACCAUAUUAGAAAUCAUGUAAAAAUAAGAUUAACAACCCAAAAAAAGAACUAAUAGGCAUCAUAAUACUGUAUUUUACAAUCAUUAGGCUAGUUCACCUACUCAACCUAAUCUUUGUUCUAAUGAUACUAAUUCAAAUCCUUCAAAAGAAAAUUCAAGGCAUUCCAUCUAAUUACAUAGGUACAAUUCACUCUCACCUCCUAAACUUUAUAUAGAUAAGAGGACUACAAAGUUAUAAACCUUUUCUUAAAGAUUGAAAACAUUUUAUUUACCAAUUACAGCACCCUUUGAUUCUUAAACCAUUUUGAAGUUGGAAAUGAUACAAGAUGGAAGAACUAAAGUCAUUAAAUAAUAAGGUUCUCUUGAUGAUUUUUAAGUUAAUAUAAGAUUAUAUAAAUUUGAAGAUGAAGAUAAGUAUACAGAUGAAUAAGGCAAAGACUAAUAAACUAAACUUUUUACUUUAAAUUAAGAAGAGGAUGAGGAAGAAGAGUAAAUUGACAAUGAUAAUCUACAUAAUUAAAAGCAGUUAUCAAAUAAUCAAAAAAAACCAGCUUAUAAAAAUAUUUUAAAAUUUAACAGGCGCAGUCUUUAAAGUCUAAUAGACAAAUAAUAAUUAGGAAAAAGUAGAAUCAAGGAAAUUUUGACUACUGGUAAUUUAAUAUAAUUACGUUUCAAUAGAGUACAGUUAAAGAGCUAUAAAUGAUAAUUUGUCCCCUAUGAAUAAUUGUAUUAUUGGCUAUUCCCCAAUAUCUUCCAUUAAACUCUUAGAUGAAAAAAGGAAAAGACCUGUUCAUAAGCUGCUCCCUUUAGAUAUUAAUCCAGUUAGUCAAUUUACAUUUUCAAACAUGAUACCUCAUUUGCCUCUUUCUAUAAUAUCUCCAUCUAUAUAGUCGAUAAAAAAUAGUAAUGCAAAAAGGAAACUUACAAGAAAGAUCAUUAAUGCAGGAGGGAAGAAACACAAAAAAAACAUUACUUUUGGAUAAUUGUUGAUAAAAGUAUGA